AUGGACGAAGACACUGUCGACGAGAUCCUGUACCUUGCGCGUGCCAACGAGGUCAAUGAGCUGUCGACCUACCUAUCCAAUGUCUCAGCCCACUCGAAACAGUCCAAGGCCGCGCUGGUCGCUGCAGCGGCAGAUCCCUACUCCAAGAACACGGCAUUGCACUACGCUGCUGCGAACGGACAUGUUGGUAUGGACAUUCCUUCUUUAGAUGUAUUGGGUGUCUCGGCGAGCUAG